UUAUUUAUUUGUGUUGAAAAGUAUUAAUCAAACAUUUUUACAACAACAACUACAUUUAUUAGUGUGCUUCCCCGUUUUAUGUGCUGCGCAGUCUAUCGUGCUAUCUCUCUUCCGCACGCACAUACACGCGCGCUCAGCUUUUGCUUUCAGUAGCAACAUUUGGCUGCUCGCGUUCGGUUCAUUCGCGUGCUGUGUGUGUGUGUGCGUUCGUGUGCUCCGCUAUCAUCAAUAAAAACCAAACAUUCCUUUGUCAUAUCCUGGGCACUGCCUGACACCGUCGCCAAGGCCACCAGCAAGGCGCUGCCGUUGCCUGCCGCAUAACUUGAUAAGAUGAGCAGCAAAGUGACCUUUGCCUUUGAUAAUAACCCCUUGGGCGUAUAUCACGCAGGCCAGGUUAUAUCCGGAACUGCGGAGCUCACAACGGACCGUCCAAAAACCAUUCGCUCAAUAUUUAUAACAAUAAAUGGAUAUGGGGAGACGCGCUGGCAGGAGAGCGUGGAGAAGCCCGGCGAUGAUGGCAAGACAACCAAAUCAAUGGAGACGCACACCAGCACAGAGAUCUACUAUGGCAGCGAUAAGUAUGUGUACGGCCAGAGUGGCGGCUCGCAGCUGGAGCUGCCCAAGGGCAAGUUUGUGUUUCCCUUCCACACGACCAUACCGCCGAAUGCACCCACCUCCUUCAACGGCAGCCACGGACAGAUCAAGCAUGAGGUUACGCUCACCAUCGAUCGUUCGGUGCGCUACAAUAAUAUCUUCAAGCAGUGCUUCACUGUGAUACUGCCACACGAUCUGAACACCAAGCGGGAGAAUGCGCAACCACUGAAACGCAUCGAGGACAAAUCCUUCUGGUGGGGCUCCAUUUUCGGGGCCCACAAGCCCAUGGUCAUGGAUGUGGGCACCUCGUACAGCGCCUAUGUGCCCGGCCAGAAGAUACACUUCCAUCUGGUGCUCGACAAUCAGUCGGAUGUGCAGUGCCAGGAUGUCAAGGUGCGACUCUUCAAGAAUGUCACAUAUCGAGCCAAUUCCGCAGACAAGCAGCAGCUGAAAGUCACCGAAACACGCGUUGCCGACAAGCACUGCGGCGAGGUGUUGAAGCACAACAAGGCGCAGUUCCAUGAGUACCUCGUGGUGCCACCCACAACACCCACCACGCUGGGGGAGCGGGAUCCCAUACGUGUUAGCUAUACGCUUCGCUUUAUAGCCAAAACAUUUCGCUUGCAUGGCGGCGGAGAUUUGGUGGUGGAUUUUCCAGUGACCAUUGGCACCGUGCCGCUGCUGGGCAGUGGCGAGGACCAGGGACCCGGUCGCACGACAACGGCCGCCAAUGGCGGCAGUGUCAACAGUUAUCCUGGUGCCCCCAUCUUCCAGGAAGAUGUCAGCGACGAACAGUUCGAGUCCAACACUUUCAAGCCACGUUAUCCGGUCUACACGUUCGGCCAGCCGGCAAAUGGAGCCAAUGGAGCUCCGGCAGCUGCACCCAGUCUGUAUCCAAAGGCUGAGGACACACCGCCAGUGGCUCCUGUACCAUAUACGCCCAAUCCAAUGUCGCCAGUCGCAAAGCAGCCCACAGCCCCUGGGCCACAGAAGAUACCCCCCUAUCCGACCAAUUCGCCAGCGCCUGUGGCUGCUUCUGGUGGUAACUUUGAAGUGCUUGGCUUUAGCAUACCGCCCAACUAUCAGCCAACGCCCAGUGCACCAGGUGCUGCUCCAUCCGCUGGCAUUGGCUGGAAGUAGCAGCAGCAUUUCUCAAUUUACACACUUUGUAUUAUACUCUUUAAGCCAUUUUUCAAAUAAAACUAAAAUCGCGCCUGCAGUGGCAGCGCUGUGCCCUUGA